AUGUCUCUUGUCAAUAUCUUGAAUAUUCAAGUUUUGGAUAACCCCACCAACUUUACAAACCCUUUGCAGUUUGAAAUUACCUUUGAAUGCAAUGCACCUCUCAAAGACGACAUUGAAUGGAGAAUGAUUUACGUUGGAUCUGCAGAAAGCUCAGAAUACGACCAAGUACUUGAUUCUAUCAUGGUUGGACCUGUUCCUGUUGGCGUCAACAAGUUUAUUUUUGCUGCUGAUGCGCCCAAGGUUGAACUGCUGCCCAAAGCCGAUUUAUUAGAAGUUACAGUUGUGUUAUUGAGUUGUCUCUACAACGACAAAGAGUUUGUCCGCGUCGGUUACUAUGUCAAUAACGAAUAUACUGACGAGCAAUUGCGUGAAAACCCUCCCGAGCAAGUGCUUAUUGAUCAACUACAAAGAAACAUCUUGGCAGACAAACCCAAGGUGACUCGAUACAUGAUUGACUGGACUAAUCCUGAAAAUACUGUUCCUCAACAGCCCGAACAACAACAAUCAGCUACAGAGCAAGACAUGAUGGUUCAAUAA